GUGGUUGGAGGGAAUGCUGGCACGGAGUGGGGAUUGCUGCCAUUGUCUUCUGCCAUCGGACCCGCCACUGCCACCCACACCAGUGUCCCGCUCGCCAUGGAGAAGGUCCUGGUCCUCCUGCUCAUCGCCCUGUCAGUGGCCUGUGCAGCUCCCGACCCUCGGGGGAUCCUCAUCAGCCUGGAUGAGGGUGAGCUCUGCAUGAACAGCGCCCAGUGCAAGAGCAAGUGUUGUCACCGUACGAGCGGGGUGAGCCUGGCCCGCUGCGCACCCAAGGCCAGCGAGAACAGCGAGUGCUCCGUCAAGACACUCUAUGGGGUUUACUACAAGUGUCCCUGCGAGCGGGGCCUGACCUGUGAGGCGGACAAGACCAUCGUGGGCGCCAUCACCAACACCAACUUCGGCCUCUGCCUUGAUGCCGGGCGCUCCAAGCAGUGA